AUGUCAGUAGGUACGCACAGUGCAUGGCAUGGCAACCGCGAGCCUAACCCGGAGCCGCCAAGUAGCCGCGUGGUACCCGGUAUGGCUGCAAUCAUAUCCAAAAUGAAGAUAGCUGUCAACAACAAUCCGCCGACGUUGGAGAAUAAUCCCAUCUUAGAAUACUUCGAAGUGGGACAAGAAAGUAGCUGUGCUGGCCAUGCUCUGGUGUGGCGGGUGUUCGAUGCGUAUCGGAAGAGCGACGGAAAGGUAAGUUGUCAUCACAGCCCAUAUGAUGCGAUACGAAGG